AUGAAGCGCAAGCUGUCAGAUUCCGGCCUGGAAAAUGAGCAUCCGGCCGUCUCAACCCCGAAGAGACCCCGCGUACAGCCCAAAGGCGUCCUAAAAAACGGCCACGCGCCGAACCAUCCACCUGCCGCCGACGAUGCUACCUACGAACUCCCUUCCGCCCCAAAUGGCCAAUCAACUCCCAAAAAGGCCAAUGGGCACGAAACCUGUUCGCGACCCCGACGAAAACCCAAGUCCGCGACCGCCGCGGCGACCCCGUCCCGCCUGAAGAAUGCAGAUCGAUCGGCGAAGAAGAAGAGUGCCCGUGUCUUGUUCGAACAAAAUGAAGAUCGCGAAUGGGAUGGAUCCGAACAGUUGGCCGCGGAGAUCCUUCAGGACGAUGACCCCCAAGUCGACAAGGCUGGCGACACGGUGAUGGAGACCGUGGAGGAGGGCGAGGCUACAAAGCCGGCAGGGAAUGACCCAAAGCCAGCGAAGCGUCGCGCUGGUAGGCCAAAGGGUGCAGCGAACAAGCGUUCACCUACACCAGAGGGCGAGUUACCCGCACAUGAACGAUAUUUCUUUCAGAAUCGCGCGGGAACGGCCAAGACAUCCAACAAGAACUUGAAUAAGGUCUCGUUGUUGACACACGAGGAGUACUUUGAGAAAUUGGGACAGUAUGUUGAUCCUUGCAAGGAUGAAAAGGAGUAUCUGCUAUCACUACAUCACCGAUCAUUCCCGCAGUGGUUUUUUGAAUUCGAGGAAGGGUUCAAUAUCUGCUUAUUUGGAUAUGGCUCGAAGCGAAGACUUGUACAACAGUUUGCAGAUUGGAUAUAUAGUCGGUCCAUGUCCGCAUCCGCGAACCCUCCAGCCAUCAUCAUCGUCAAUGGUUAUGCGCCCGGUAUCACCAUUCGUUCGAUCUUCGCGACCAUUGCCUCGGCGAUCCUUGGUGAUGAAUUGCCCUCGAAGCUAGGCUCACAACCAACCGAAGUGCUCGAACUUUUACAAUCAGCACUCAAGUCUCGCCCGGAGCACCACCCAAUUACUGUUCUGAUUAACUCUGUUGAUGCCCCGUCUCUCCGUCGUGCUGCCAAUCAAGCACUUCUCGGUCGACUCGCUGCAACGCCGAGAAUUCGCCUUCUCCUCACAGCUGAUACCCCCAACUUCCCUGUGAUGUGGGAUAUCAGUCUACGAGAUCAAUUCAACUUGGUAUUCCACGAUAGCACGACAUUCUUUCCCUUUGCCGUCGAAUCGGAUAUCGUGGAAGAGGUCCACGAACUUCUAGGCCGGAAGGGCCGUCGUGUUGGCGGAAAGGAAGGUGUAGGCUUCGUGUUGAAGAGUCUUCCCGAAAAUGCCCGGAACCUGUACCGUCUCUUGUUGACAGAAGUAAUAACCGUGAUGGACGAUGGCCACCAAUCCGACGACGAAGCCGCUGAGGGUGGCGCUGGCGACAAAACUGGCGAGAAUAACGGCAUCGAGUUCCGCUUAUUGUACCAAAAGGCCACGGAGGAAUUUAUUGCAUCUUCCGAGAUGAUGUUCCGCACCCUGUUGAAGGAAUUCCACGAUCAUCAAAUGAUCACCUCGCGCAUGGAUCCCAGCGGCAUGGAAAUCCUCGGCGUGCCUCUAUCCCGCGAUGAAAUGGAGGGCGUCCUGGAGGAUCUGGUGUUGGGAUAA